UCACAUGUUGGCUUGUCUGCCACGUAUUGCUGCUGCUGAUUAAUGGUGUUUGCGAUAGGUCGAGGUUUAUCUCCGCUCUUCUCCCAUCGAACCGAGCUCGACCUGCCGCCGGAGAUAGUGCACCGACCACCAGUAUGCACACCAUGUUGUUGCGUUCUUGUGUCGCAGUACUGCUACUAGCGCAAUCAUCAACAUGUAUGCUCAAUUUUACUAGUCCUGAGACGAGGAUGCAGCUUUACGAACCUGUCAAUCUAACGUUUCACUUUACUCAGCAAUUGAGCAGGGCAACCAUUGUACUACACUCUAGUGAUCCAUCGGUGGUCCAUCUGAGUGAAGACGGAAUCGCAUUAACACUGGAAAGCAUCUCACCGAGUGACAACUUUUCAACGCUUUUAGAUCCACUGAAGAUUGGUUAUGCCAACCUAUUAUGGCAAAUUGAAGACAGCAUCACGAAUGAGACCUCUAAAGGCAUCCACAAAAUGCUUGUCGUGCGGGAAUUGACCGUAUUUUCGAUGGUAUUUGGAGCUGUAAUAGGAGUUUUGGUCGCCUUGAACAAUGUCAAUGUUGGAUGCCAGCUGGAUAUGCAUGUGGUACUCUCACAAAUCAAGAGGCCGGUUGCUCCAGCUAUUGGCAUGUUUUGCCAAUUCAUCUUUAUGCCACUGAUUUCGUAUGGAAGUUCAACGUUGCUUCUCCAAAAUCCAAUAACAAGGCUUGGGCUCUUUACAAUUGGCUCGUGUCCUGGUGGAAUCUACAGCAACUUCUACACUUUGCUGUUUGAGGGGGACUUGGACCUCAGCGUUACCAUGACUUUUAUGAGCAGUGUAGGAGCACUUGCUCUGAUGCCACUGUGGAUGCACACCCUAGGCCGGGAGAUAGCUGGUACUACCACACCAGCAGUGCCAUUCACCAACCUUAUUGUGUCCUUGGUGGCGCUAACUCUGCCACUGGGGCUGGGCCUCCUCAUCCAAUACAAGCGGCCGAAAUGGGCUCAAGUGGCAGAGAAAAUUGUGAAACCCUUCUCUGUGGCCAUAUUACUUGUUGCAUUAGUCAUAGGAACGUACAGCUACUGGUACAUAGUCACACUGAUCACUCUCAUGGAUGUAGUUGCUGCGUCUGUGGUAGUAGUCACGGGAUUUUUAUUUGGUGCAACAAUGGCUUGGCUGUUUAGACUCUCAAGUAAACAGAUUAUAGCAGUUUCCUUGGAAACAGCCAUUCAGAAUGGCCCUCUAGCCAUUGUUAUCCUUACUUUUUCUCUGCCAGAACCAAGCGGAGACCUUGCCGUGGUGCCAGUGGUAGUGUUGGUCUCAUUAGCAAGUGCCAUACUGUUAACUAUUUUCGCAAUAUUGACACUGCACCGUAGGUGUUCUUCGUAUGCGUACACCUGCCAGGAUGGCACUAAGUCAGAAAUGCCUGUCAACUGAGGCUCAAUAGUGCAAACUUGUGCCAUAAACAUAAGUCACAUUUAGUGCGAGCUGCAACACAGUGCUCAUGCUCAAAAGGGCACCAACCUAUUAAACAUUGGAAUUAACCACCACAUAAAUUACUGCAUUUAUCACAUGUUACAUUUGUUGAGGCCAUUGUGCAGUCUUGGGGCCUUUUCAACCACAGGCACAAAGUUGCAGUUCACACUGAAAAUGGUUGUACCAAUGCUCAUAACCUGGGUGCCCAUUGAUCUUUGAGGUCACUGGCACCUGGUGUGCCAAGCACAUAAAGACUGCUAGGGACAAAGCCUAAUUUGGCGCAAUAUCCGUAUAGUUAUAAGCCCCAGAUGCCAAAGCUCUUUUUACCAGAGCAUAAUGAAAUGUUUUUUUACUACUGUAUGCAUGGGUGUCUGCAGGAUUUAGUCUUUGGGGUUGGGGGAGCACUGGUGUGGCUUGGGGGUGGAGGGGGGGAAGCAAGUGCCCCUUUUGCACCCCCCUGCAGAUACCCAUGACUGUAUGAUAUAGUUCCCGUACUCCCAACAAAUUUUUAAUGGGACGUGCAGGAUGAAGAAAGGAGGCCAAAGCACUAUGUGUAUGAUUUUGCUUUUAUUUGUACCAUGUGCAUGUACCUGCAUAGAUGUAAAACAAAUGCAUUCAUUGUACAUGCAGUUGUAAGGAACAAACUAUAAUAAAAAUACAUUUCUUCGGCUGAAUCUUUAAGAGCAGCACACACAACAUACAAUGCAACAUAUGCCCAUAGUCAAAGUAAAAGUACGUCAUUUAUACAUCUUGUAUAGUAGGCUUCACUCAUGUAUACACUGUGUACAGUACACCGUCUCAACCACCAUCUACAAUGUAAGCCCUUCAAAACAAGGCCUCACUAGGAAAAAAAAAAUACAUGCCCAAACCUUUCCAUUUUGCAAUGUUUACAGCACAUAGCGCACUUUCAGUUUGCCAGAAUCCACAACAGACAUAGGUGGGCGAGUCAGAGCAAAACAAGCAAUGUCAACACAGCCCAACGUCCCUGCCUUCUCUUUUCAGCAAGCAAUGACAGCAGACUGGACAGUUAAAACAACAACCAUUCUUAGUGGGAGCAAGUUUUAUAUGCACAACACUGUUUUUGCAUAACGUGACCAUGAGCCCUGGUGCAUGCAGCAAGCCUACACACACGAACUCUGGAUGUGUUAAAAAUGCUCCAGCCUGCGAGGAACACAGCUGCACCCUUGUGAACUUAACGCACCAUUACAAAAAGCAUCAACAAGCAAUGCAUUGGUCCUCCUCUGCAGUCUCCAUACCCAACUGUUCAAAGCUGGCUGGAGCAGCCCCAGUGGCAAGCACUGUCGCUGAAGCCCUUUCGUUGUACUAUUUGUAGCCAAACAGACUUUAUACUCUACAGCUUCA